GCAGGGGGCAUGCGCAGUGGGGGUUGGCUGACCGCGUCAUCGCUGCUACGUGGAGAGAGAGAGCUGCCGGAGACGGAUCCGGAGACAGAGCUUCGCCAUCAACGGUCUCACCGGGCGUGGAGCCUGCCUGCCGGCUGGCUGGCGGACGGGGGAGACGGCGGCGGCUGUCGGUGGAUCCGCCGCGGGGCCUCUGCUUUGGCCUCCGUGCCGGAUCCGCCUCACGCCAUGAGCUGGUUCAACACGUCGCAUCUGUCGAGCUUCGCCAAGCAGGCGCUGUCGCAAGCGCAGAAGUCCAUCGACAGGGUGCUGGACAUCCAGGAGGAUGAGGGCGGGCCGUGGGUGGCCGGUGUUGGUGGUGGCGGCCCCGGCCCCGGGUACCAGCAAGCUACGUUGUCAGGUAAAAGCUCUUUGAUCAACGAAGGAUGGGUUUCCACACAAUGGGGAUCGUCUUCAGAAGACAACCCUGAACUGCAAUCUGGGGCUUCACCGAAAGCUAUUACCACACCAGUUACACGCACUGUGGUAGACGAAUCUGAGACCUUCUUCAACGCCUUUCUUAAUUCAUCAGAUGCUCAAAUUAUGGAGCAAAUUCCAGUUGUCUCUACGCCCCCGAGCAAAUCUCAACUGCCCAAUGAAGUAGAAGCAACGUUGACUGUUCAUUUCACUGAGUCCGUUGAGCUAAAUGUGCCAGAAAAGGCAAGUUCCGAUGAGGACUGUACAGAUUUAGUAGACAUUGAUUUGGAGGUGACAGAUCAGCUAAAUGAUCACCAGGCGCUUUGUGCAAAGUCUAAAAGUGCAACAUCUUCUGAAAGUGAGGGGCUGCAGAGUGACGAUCAAGUAAAAUUAAUUGUGAUGGAAAAUGAAUGUGUGUCGGGGACUGCAGAAGUAACCAAGCCAAACACACUGGUUGCUUCUAGUAUUGAAAGGGUGCGUAAGAACUCAGAAAAAACUCCAAGUCCGCCUAACAGCCCUUCAAAAUCGGACACUGCUUCAGCGAAGGAUUUGCUCUUGGAAGCAAAAGAGCAAAAAUCUGAGGACCGGCAAAGUAAUACUCCCUCCCCUCCCAUUAGUACAUUUUCAUCAGGAACAUCUACUACCAGUGACAUUGAGGUACUGGACCACGAGAGUGUCAUCAGUGAAAGCUCAGCUAGUUCGAGGCAGGAAGCUGUGGAUUCAAAGGCUAACCUGCAAUUGAUGCAGACAUCCUUUCAGCUGUUAUCAACAUCAGCCUGCACGGAGUACCAUCCUCUGGACGAAUAUCAGAAGCUCACUGAGAGCAGCGGUUCCUCGGAUGCUUUUGAGAGAAUUGACACGUUCAGCGUGCAGUCAUUGGACAGCCGGAGCGUGAGUGAAAUUAACUCAGACGAUGAAACGUCGGGUCGAGGCUGCAACGUUGCCUCGGGAUCUCUUACUCAGUCCGUCAAUGGAUCGCCAACCGCGGACCCGGUGGAGAAUGGGGACGAGAGCACAAACGAUGCUCAGAAGGAGAACGUGCUGGAUGAAAGUGAAAUGGAGGAGAGCGGUCGGAGUGCAACACCAGUGAACAGUGAGCAGCCAGAGAUCUGGCCUGUACUUGGUCUAACAAUAAUUGAGAACCAAGGUGCGGAAUGUACAGUAAUUAAUAGGCUUCCCGAAAUAGCUGCUGGAGAUGAAUGUCAGCCCAGUAGUGAACAUGAUUUGCAACAGAUAACAGAUGAUAUGGCAGACAAGUUGGAAAAGAGAGAAACACAAUUGUUGUCUGUUAGCAAAGAUAAGGCAGCAUUGGAGGAGGCAAUUGAUAACCUGAAAGACGAGAUGAUCAGACUAAAGGAAGAAAGCAGCAGUAUCUCAUCUAUCAAGGAUGAGUUUACUCAACGCAUUGCAGAAUCUGAAAAGAAAGCCCAGCUUGCUUGUAAAGAAAGGGAUGAUGUAAAAAAAGAAUUAAAGACACUGAAAGCGGAGCUGUCCACCAGAUUUACUUCCAAUGAAACGGCAGAUCUGGUACGAGAGAAGGAUGAGCAGAUCAGAGGACUGCUGGAGGAGGGAGAAAAGCUCUCGAAACAACACUUGCACAAUUCAAAUACAAUAAAGAAACUAAGGACGAAAGAGAAAGAACACGAGGCCCUCAUUUCAAAACAGAACAAGAAGGACAAAGAACAAGAGGAAGAAAUUAAGGAUCUGCAGCAGGUGCUUGAUGGUAAAGAAGAAGUGGAAAAACAGCAUCGAGAGAAUAUUAAAAAGCUGCACGCUGUCGUGGAGAGGCAAGAAAAAGAGUUUAGCAAGUUGCAAGUAAACUUGGAUGAGCUUCAUGAAAACAAUCGUAGUCUUCAGUCUGCACUUGAUGGCUCAUACAAAGAGCUUGCUGAACUACAUAAGGCUAAUGCAGCAAAAGACAGUGAAGCCCAGGAGGCAGCUUUGAGUCGCGAGAUUAAAGCCAAGGAAGCAUUGUCAGUGGCACUGGAGCGAGCACAGGAAGAGGCCAGGCAGCAGCAAGAGGCACUUGCUGAUCAAGUGGCAGAUCUCCGGUUGGGUCUCCAACGGGCCGAACAACAGCAAGCCAGGAAAGAGGACUAUUUGCGUCAAGAAAUUGGGGAAUUACAGCAGAGACUUCAGGAAGCGGACAAUCGCAACCAGGAGCUAAGCCAAAGUGUUACAUCUGCGAGCCGACCGCUUCUACGACAGAUUGAAAACGUACAGGCCACGCUUGUGGCACAGUCCACAUCCUGGGAAAAACUGGAAAAGAACUUAUCUAAUCGCUUAGCUGAUGGUCAAGCUCAGCUUGCAGCUGCUCUGGAAAAAGAACGGACAGUCUCAGAAGAACUGCUUACCCUUCGAAUGCAAGUCUCUUCAUUGGAUUCACAACACGGCUUAUUGCGUCAAGAGAAGUGCAGAUUGUUAGCUCAACUGGAGUCGGAACGAGACAGGCUUGAGAAGACUGAAGAUGAAAGUAGUAGGCAUCAUGUGGCAUUUGACAAUCUGAAGACUGAAUACAUGAAGGCUCUUGAAGACGCAAAGAAAGAAAAGAAUGCCUUGACUAAUCAGUUGGAAAUGGAAAAGUUAAAAGUUGAACAGGAAAGACAAAAAGCAAUCCUUGCACAAGAUACACUGAAAGAGAAGGAGAGGAGGCUGCUUACUAAUCAGCUACCAGAGGCUUUGACAAGCACUCCAACGCUCUCUCGAUCCAGUUCCGUCAGCGGCACUGAGAUGGCAAUUUUACAAACCUCCAAUCAUUUCCAGGAUGAUUUAUUUGAACAUUCACUUACACCUCUAACCACAUCGGCCAGUAAUAACAACUUGUACGACGUCCUCCGAAUGGGGGGAGAAUCAAGCAUCUUUGAAAAUUUGCAGUCUCAACUAAAGCUACGAGAGGGGGAAAUUGCACAGCUGCAGUUUGAGAUUUCUAAUCUUGAAAGAAGUCGAGCCAUCAUGGCUGAGGAACUUGUCAAAUUAACCACGCAGAAUGAAGAACUGCAAGAGAAAGUGGAUGAAAUCCCCAAAUUGCGUGCACAGCUUUGGGACAUUGACCAACGAUACAACACCAUCUUGCAGAUGUAUGGUGAGAAAGCUGAGGAAGCCGAGGAACUGCGACUGGACUUGGAAGAUGUGAAAAACAUGUACAAGACCCAGAUUGAUGAAUUAUUAAAGCAGAGGCUGACCUGAUUUGCUUUAUCUUUUAGUUGACUUUUUGUCCCCCCAAAGUUUCCCUUAAUGUGAAAUGCAAUACUGCUGACAGUUAUCUGGCAUCGAGUGUGAAUGUACAAUUGUAAAUAUAAUUGUAUUCCUUCGUGUGUUUUGUUAAUCAUCUGUUGUUGCCUUGGAAGAAAACUACACAAUACUUUUUGGUGUUGAAAAAAUGACUAAUGUAACAUGUACAUAUGUGAAAUACAAUAUUCAAGUGCAAUAUUAUGAGGAAACGUGAGUUGAUCCUUUGGGUGAAGAUCUGACAUGUCAUUUUCUGUGCAGAAUCGUAUUUCCAAGUACAAGGUGAACCAAUUUUGUUAUCAAACUUAGUUGAUCAGCUCGAUGCUGUUAUGUUGCACAAAGCUUUAAUCUGUUAAAGAUGGAAAGUGUUUUAGUAAAUCAAAUACUCAAACACUCCAUGACAUUCAGAUAAAUGUACUAUUAAACGAUUUGAAAAUAAAUCCAAUCUGUUGAAUACUAUUCAAUGUUCUAAUUGUUAUUAAACUAUACAAAUAUUUCAAAAUUACUUGCUCUGGGAAUAUAAACAGAGGACUUAAUUUCAAUACAAGAUGUCUUGCUAUUGAUAAUUGGCUAAAAGAACCUGUAUAUUGGUCUACUUUUGCUAAUAGUUGCACUAAUCUAGUACAUAAUUUAAAGUCUACUAAUAUGGAUUAUUCUGUAUAGCAUAUGAACAGUUAUAUUAAUAGAUCAUCUUUGGUGCUAUAUUCUGUGCAUUGAAAGUAAAUUAAAAUGCUUUAUUUAAACUAAUUUUCUAAAUCUUGAAUUCAUAAUCUGCGCUAUUAUACCUUUCAAAUGUAAAUUUAAAAUGUAAAUAAUUUACUUUGUGUAACAGUAGGACUUGGGUAAUAAAGUCUCUGAUCUGAUCUGCUGCUGUUCAUUAUGGUACGGAUAAACUUCAACAUUUUCAUCAGAUAUAGUAACUGAAAAAUGACCAACAAUAUUUCUUUAGGCUGGAACCUAAAGAGGAUUUUUUUUCUUCUUUUAAAUAUAGUUUUAAAACUGGUGGUGAAUUGUUAUUUCCAUAUGAGCACCAAGCAUUUUUCUCAACCAGUGGUCAGUCAGUUGGUUGCUGGUUUCAGUGAAGUGUUAGAAGUAAUCUUGCUGCCGUGAGAAAAUAUGGCGCAGGUGUGACGGGACCCUUUCGUUUCCACAUAAAUCAUCUUGCCUUAAUACUGAUUAAACACCAAAACUGAGAACAAGGAAAGAAAUAAUAAUCAAAACUAUUCAAUAUCUAUGCAGAGCAGAAGUUGGCACAUCAUUAUUGAUUAGCAAAGUUGAUUAGAUAUGGAAAAACAUGAAUUUUAGUGAUUAGUUAAUUUGGUGGAGUAUCACUAUUCUGAUUUUAUAAGAAAAGCAUUUAUAAGCGACACUAUCUAGGCACCUCAGGUUUUAUGCUUGAAAAGCAGCUCGUUAAUUAAGCGUGUAAAUGAAAUAUGCCAGGCACCACAUGCUAUACGAUGUCAGGUGUAAAUUUGCGUGCGUUAUUCUAAAAAUAGAGGAGUGCGUAAAUUAAACAUUGGUAGUAAUUAGACAAGCGCAUUAUUCUAAAAAUGCGUAAUUCAAACAUGCGUAAAACAUGAAGUGCCUGUAUUUCUAAAUAACAUGUAUUCGAUGUGCAAACUUUGGAGAAUAUUUAUUUAUGACAAAGCUCAAUGUAUAUAAAUUGUUAUCUUAUAUUCAUAUUUAAAUAUAAUAUCUUGCUUCUAAGUUCAAAUCGUGUAUAUUUAUCAAAUAAUGAUUUUGCAUUGUUCAGUUACGAAUGGCAAUGUUUGGCGAUUCGGUAUCUCGUGACAAAGACAAUUAGCAGAUUUGCUUUGCAUCUCUGAACAUGGCAAUUUCUGAAAAAGUAGAAAGAAUUGAUCAAAUUUUAUUUGAUUUAUUCUUUGGAUAUUGUUAACAAAUAUUUGGAUUGUUUAUCUUCACAUUCACUAUGUUCAACAUUGAAACAUAUAUUUUAGAAGGUUCGGCACACAUAUCUUAAGAGUUAUUGGUAACUGAAGCAUUAAAAAAGGACAGUGUUCCGGAAACAAGGUAUUUUGUCUGCAGAUCUUAGCGUUUGGUGAUUUCCUACUGUGCUGUUAUGUGCCUUUUUAUUUAAUAUUUAUUGUUAGUCGGAUAGUAAAAUGCUUUUCUUUGAGCACAUCAUUCUGCUGUGAUUUCUAACUUCAAUAUCUUUGAAGGGUUUGAAUAAAUCAUUUUUUU